UGUCAUUGUUCUUAAGGGUGAAAGCGGAUUGGUCGACACAUUUUCGGCUGCUCUCUGGUUGGUCAAACCGAGCAGCUCGAGGCACCUGCUGCACCUGUCGCGCGACAUGAAGAAAGUUCGGCAGCCGUUGAGAAGUUCAGCGGAGUGGGUUGGCUCAUCCUGGAGAGGGAGGAGAGGAGGGGGAACACGGGGGAGGCAGGAAAAUCGAGUCCGGAACACGAGAAGGAAACUAAAAGCUGACAGACGAGUCUAUACCUUUCUGGUUAGGAAUGGAGUGCUCCGGGACCUCCGUCCUCCAUCGAGACGCGCAAAGGAAACUUUACAACCGCAGCUAAAUUGUGUGAAUAAUGACAACUCACGUGUAGGAAAACGAUCAGAGGAGAAGAUCGUUAAUUUUAGCUAGUUUGUCGCCAAUAAAGAAAUGGCGUCGGAGCUUAAAUUUAACAGGAAUGAACUUUUGGAAGUUGACAUAUGCGACGCCGGCGCGUGCUCCGAGGACGAGAGCGGCGUGUUUGUUAACUCUGCCGCCUCCCCUCAGGAUGAUUUCUCCGGCUUUGAGCGGUGGACGAGUCCUGCCGAGUCACCAAAUGACACAUCAUCACCUCCGGGACAGCAGGAGGUCUCCGGCGGGCAUGGAGCUCCGCCUGGCACCGUUACUGUCGCUCAAAGGACCAACACCCCCGGGGACAGUGACUCUGAAUCCCAGGGUGAUGGAGUCAGAGCUCCCAUGACCUCUAUAGUGGACUGUCUCUUGGUGGAGCUUUAUGAGACCUACAGUGGAGGCAGCAGGAGGAAUGUGGACAGCUGGGACAGCUCCACCGAGGCGUCCGGAUCGGAUGCCUUCCUGGGCCGCAGUAACUCCGGGUCUAGCUUCCUGCAGGAGCUCCAGGAGAAGCACACCAGGAGGCAUCAGAUGAACUACCUGGCCCAGAAAGCCCCUGAGGAGCUGCGUUCAAUCAUCCAGGAGGUGAAAUAUCGCACAGGCCUGCAGUCGGCCAAGCUGAUUCGCCAGCUGAAGAGGCGAGACCGACUUUGUCACAAACUGCAGAAGAACUACGACAUCAUCACGGCGUGUCUUCAGGCCGUCUCACAAAAACGACGAGUUGACACGAGGCUGAAGUUUACCAUCGAACCAUCGCUGGGAAAGAAUGGCUUCCAGCAGUGGUACGACGCCCUCAAGGCAGUGGCGAGGCUUCCUACUGGGAUACCAAAAGAAUGGAGGAACAGGGUUUGGCUAACGCUAGCAGACCAGUACCUCCACAGUAUCUCUAUUGACUGGGAGAAGACACUUCGUUUUGCCUUUAACGAGCGCAGCAACCCCGACGAUGACUCCCUCGGCAUUCAAAUCGUCAAGGACCUACACAGGACCGGCUGCAGUUCUUAUUGUGGCCAGGAGGGGGAGCAGGACAGGGUUGUGCUGAAGAGGGUGCUGCUUGCCUACGCCCGCUGGAAUAAAGCCGUGGGUUACUGUCAAGGAUUCAACGUGCUGGCUGCUCUCAUACUGGAAGUUACAGAGGGAAAUGAGAGCGAUGCACUAAAGGUGAUGAUCUAUCUGAUUGACAAAGUGCUGCCAGAGAGUUAUUUUGCCAACAACCUUCGAGCAUUGUCAGUGGACAUGGCGGUGUUCAGAGACCUGCUGCGUCUAAAGCUGCCCAGACUGUCCCAGCACCUCCACCACCUGCAAAAAGCAGCCAACAGAGAGGCUGGAGGCAGUUAUGAGCCUCCGCUGACCAACGUCUUCACUAUGCAGUGGUUCCUCACCAUGUUCGCCACCUGCCUGCCGGCGUCCACCGUGCUGAAGAUCUGGGACUCGGUUUUCUUUGAGGGAUCAGAGGUGCUGUUUCGGGUCGCACUCGCCAUCUGGGAGAGACUGGGAGAGAGGAUUGAGUACUGUCAGACAGCAGAUGAGUUUUACAGCACCAUGGGUUGUCUCACUCAGGAGAUGCUGGAGCACAACCUCAUUGAUCCUGCAGAGCUCAUGCAGGAGGUUUAUUCCAUGGCAGUGUUUCCUUUUCCCCAACUGGCUGAGCUGAGAGAGAAAUACACCUACAACAUCACUCCAUUCCCUACCUCAGUCAAAUCCAAUGGAAGCGGUGGUCUGGGCAGCUGGGAGAGCGACGACGACGCUGACAUGGACGAUGAGGACUCUGUGGUGACUGCGCUCGGCUGUCUGGGGCCUCUCGGUGGCCUGCUGGCCCCCGAGCUGCAGAGAUACCAGAAGCAUCUCAAAGACCAGCGAGGAGAGCAGGGCAACAUCGCCGAGCUGAGCCCAGGAGCAGUGGGAGCCGGAGGGCCAGGUGGAGGAGGAGGAGGUGGCGGCGGAGGAGGUGCCAGAGCGGAGCAUCAGGCGGCUAUCAACAGCAUGAUGAUGGAGAGGAUGAGCACCGACAUCUGCGCCCUGAAGAAGCAAUACGCACGCAUCAAGAGGCGGCAGCAGCAGCAGGCUAUGCAACUCUACAUACGCACAGGACUUGGACCUGAAGUGGACACAAGUCCAGGAGUUCUUCAGGAGCCUCGCAACAAACACAGCGCCAGUACUGACCAAGUUGAGGACAAGUGUCCAGCCACCCGUGUCCUGGCCUCCCAGCUCAACCCUUCCAGCUCCGUGAUCAACCACCUCCUUCUGGGACGGAAACCACGCGGAAGCCCCCGGGGCUCCAGACUCACGUCCACAAACACCUCCACGCUACCAGGGGCUCGACCUGCUUUUCCGUCCCAGAGUCAGGGCUCCCCAGCCAGGCAGCGCUGCGGCUCUCUGCCCUCCAACAGCACUGGAUCUCCAGGGAGCUCUGGAGGAGGCAGCGGGUCACCUUGGCGUGCUCAUGUCCGGGUUCAUCGGAGGAAUAUAGCCAGGGCUCGAGCGCAGCUGGGGUUUGGAGAUUCAGAGGAAAGGGAAGAUGAAGAGGAGGAGGAGGAGGAUGGAGCAUCAGUGAGAUUGGGGGGUGAACAGGAGAGGAAGAGUGAGGAAAACAAGAGAGAAGAUGAGGAGCAGAAAGAGAGGAGUGAUAUCUCUGUUUCUCCAUCUCCUGAUCCUGGGUCUGUAUGUGAGGAGGCUCCACAGGUUGCAGAUGAGACAAAAGAAGCAGAGGUUGCAGAGGUGGUGGUGCAAAUGGACUCCCUGGAUCUAGAGGAUGAGUCAAACCUGACCUCCCCCAUCGAUGAAAACCCAGCUACACAACCCACACUCCCAGAGUCUAAACCUGCACCCGAGGUCCCUCUUCUCCCUCCUCCACCGUCCUCAAAUAGGCACAAAGAGUCCAACUACUCAGGUUCAGAAAGAAGCACCGGCUCCAACAGGCACUUUCCCUCCAUCGCUCUACCUACACCUCACCACUCCUCCAACUCUUGCAUCCCCUCCUCCACCCCUUCCACCCAAAGUCCAUCCCUCUCCCCAAUCCCAACAUUGGCUUCUCUCGGCCCGUCCUGCUCGUCCUCUCCUACACCACCCUCCACCCCUACGCCAAACUCCACAUCCCGCCUCUCAUCCUCUUCAUCAGCCAACGGCUUAUCUGCUCUCUCUCUUCCUGCCUCCUCCUCCACCUUUUACAAAACCUCCUGCCCUUCCACGCCUUCACUCUCCUCUGUCUCUUCAUCUUCCAAGUCUCAUAUCUCCUCCUCCCCGUCGACCCCAGCGUUCUCCUCAGCCACCUCCACUCCCAAACAGCAAGUCUUCUCUCCAUUCCCUUGCGUGAAGCAGCCAAGGAAAUCCGCCGCAGCCAGAAACCUCGGUCUCUACGGUCCCACAUCCAGAACACCGACCGUACACUUUCCCCAGCUGAGCCGCAGCCUCAACCGCAGUAGUGCUGCCGGCACCACCGGAAGGCGAUGAAACCUGAGCACUCCUGAACUGAUGCUGAGAACACAGUUGUUACACGAUAUGAAAAAUCAUCCUAUAAUUACACCGUGUUGCCUCCUGCAUAUCAAGAAAAAAAAACCCACAUCAUAUUUUAAGUAGAGUGAAAGUUCUAGGAAUGUGAAGUUAAAGUGUGUGGAGAAGUGGGAAGGUUGUGGUUCUCUUGACAGAGGAGUCAUCCUGAAAUUCACAAGCCAUUACAGACAAACACAAACAUUAAAGAACUAGUUGACUAUUAAA